AUGGAGAUGAGGAGAGUCAGUGACCGAGGUCAAAAGAAGAAGAAGAAAGCGGAGCAAGACGCGCGCUGCAACAAGCGGAGAAGGCGACGAACCGCGAACACCGUGAGCCACGAAGAUGACUCCGCGGAGGACGCUCCCUCACUCUUCUUGAGCUUUCAUUCUUCUUCGCACGUCUCCCGAUGUUCUCUCGCUGUUCUUUUUAUAAGUCUGAAGGCCUUCGAAAAGUCAGCACUCGGGGUCUGGAUCGACCUUCUCGCCCUCGCUCCCAUGCCGCAAAUUCAGGUGCGCGCACUCCGAGCGACUUCACAGCAGUCUCUUGGCUCAUUUUCGCUCACGUGGAAGCACCCCGUCGGCGGCCGAAGCCUGCGCACGGAGAGCGCGUCCUUCGUCUUUCGGGGCGGCGAGUCUCUCCUCGCUCUCCGCCGCCGCGUCCCCAGCUUGCCUUCCUCAGCUUCGCGAGCGAAAUCGCAGCGGGCGUCAAGCGGCGAGCCCUCGGCGCGGCCGUCUGCGCAUCUCGGCCUGCUGCCUCGGCAUCUCCGAGUUGUGUUUUUCGGGUUCGGCGGCCUCCCCUGA